UAGGGAUAGUGUUUUAAAAUGUUUAGUUUCAGUAAACCAGCGCCACCAAAGCGUGAACGGAAAAGAGAUCCUUCCGAGUUUGGGAUAUUUGGAUUAUCCGACGACAUGACGGCUAUCGGGGAUGAUGUCGAUGACGAAAGCGAUGGGGACGAUGCCUUAGAAGCAGAGCUAGCGGCGAUUACGGCUGGAAUUGGAGGAGCUCGGAAGGCAAAGCCGAAACCCAAGCCCAAAGGAAUUGUAGCGCCACAGGAGCUGGAUGCAAUGGUGGCGGCUAGCUUGCGAGACAUCGGCAGCGAUGACGAUGGGUCCGAUGAUGGAGAAAAUGAUUCGGAUCUGAUGGAUGAAUUAUCAGCGAUUACGGGUGGCGCAGUGGAAAUCGAGGAUGACGACGAUGAUGAUACUGCUAAUCCUCCCGCUGUACCUCCGAGAAAAAGUAGCUCGAGUAGUGACUUGGUGGGGCUGUUAAAAUCACGUAUCUCCAUGUACACCCAGGCCGAAGAAAGCGCAAAGAAGUCCGGAGAUUCUAGCAAAGCGAGAAGAUUCAAUAGAGGUCUUAAAACGCUCAAAGACCAGUUACGAUUAGCCGAAGCUGGCAAACCGGUUGAUCAAAGUGACAUCCCUCCGGAAGUAAGCGUGAAGCUAGCUGUUCCACCGAAGGAUAGUCCAGAGAAUCUUGUCAGCCCUAGUGCGGCUCCCGUUCGUCCUGCUCCGCCACUACCGGCUGCGGCAAGUACGUCGAGCGCCGAGGAAGCUGGACCUUCACGAUCUGCUCCACCGGUUCCACCAAUGCGAAAACCGAAAUCGCCUACCGCGUCCGCAGAGAUACCGCCAGAAGCUCUUUCACCAGAAAAUCCAAAACUGCGACUUCUGAAUGAACGUAAAGCGCAAUACAAGCAAGCGGCACUGAAUGCCAAGAAGGCGGGCAACAACGAACAGGCGAUGGGGUAUGUCAAGAUACUGAAACAAUUCGAUGUAGUUAUCCGUGCCAUGGAAAACGGUGAAGAAGUUGAUUUAAGCCGAAUGCCGCCGGCUCCGCCGACGAACGAUUCGAAUUCACUUCAAACCAGUCAACCAGCAGUGCCUUCCGUUUCCAAGCCGAAAGUGGAGGAAAAAGUGCAAAAGGAGUCGGAAGUGCCUUCGCCGUCGCUUCCCGUUCCUUCCUCGGUGCGACAGGAUGGUGACGAGGAAGAGGAUGAGGAAGAGGAGCAAUUAAUAGAAGCUUCAACUGUUUUGGAAGCACUUGAGCAACGACUGGAAAAGUUUAAAUCCGUUGAGCAGGCAGCCAAAGACGAAGGCAACAGCUCUAAAGCACGUCGAAUUGGACGAAUCGUUAAGCAAUAUCAGGACGCGAUUAAGCUGCAUAAGGCCGGUAAACCGAUCCCAAUCGAUGAGCUUCCAACGCCUCCCGGUUAUGGCCCGAUCCCGGUCAAUGGCUCCUCGAAACCUACUACGCCGGCAGCGACCCAGAAACCUCUGCCUCCGGUGCCUCCGAGGCCUCAAGCCUUAUCGCCGCUCGCUCCGGCUGCAGAGCCAGUUCCUGGCACGAGCAAGGUGUCUCCCAAACCGUCCACCACGCUGUUCGAUAAACAAUUGAAUGUUCUGGUUGAACGUCAUCGCGAGUACAAGCAAGCGGCCAUUGAAGCGAAGAAAGCAGGUGAUCUGGAGGAAGCAAAGGAAUGUCUACGGGCUUUUAAGGGCUUGGAAAAGCUAAUUGAGAUAGCCCGUGCGGGAGGAAGAGUUGAUUUGACCACGAUUCCUAUUCCGCUUUCGAAGCGGAACGCACUCGACGCGUCAUUUAUCAUGGUGAACUCAGAGGACUGUGACCAACCGGGGAACGACCAAGCAGGUGGUAUUGAGGACCCGGAUGGUGAAUCGCGUAUCAGGCUAGAAGAACAACUGUCGAAGCAGUUGAUAAUUUGUCGAAACACGCGCGAUCAUCACCGCGCCAUGGGGGAUGUUGCGGGUAUGAAUAAGUUCGAAAAUUUGGCCCUUAACGUGCAGAAAGACCUCGAUCUCGUGCGGUUGGGUCAUCGGCAGGGUAUGCCGUUGCCGAAGUUCCACUACGAAAAGCUUCAAUUCAACGUGGUGAAAUGCCACACGGACCUUUCGGACAAUGAAGUGGAGAUUUGCGUGCUGCGUGGGAUUAAUUACAACGUACCCAACCCAAAAGACGUCGAUACUUACGUUAAGUUCGAGUUUCCCUAUCCUCAAGAAGAUCCGCUAAAGGGCCGAACGAACAUCGUUAAGGAUAACCACAGCCCCGAGUACAACUAUCAGCAGACGAUAGAAAUCCAACGAAACCAGCGCAACUGCCAGCGAAUCUUUAAACGCCACGCGCUGAAGUGCGAAGUCUAUUCGAAGGGCUGCCGCUGCUGUGCUCACCGUGCAUCAAAUGGGCUUUUCUCCUGUUUCAGUGGUUUCCUGCGCUCGGACGUGCUGAUCGGUACUGCGACGAUCAAGCUGCAGCCGCUGGAGACGCAGAUCGAAAUCCACGACUCAUUUCCGUUGAUGGACGGCAGGCGCACGGUCGGUGGUAAGCUCGAGGUCAAAAUACGCGUCCGUAAUCCCAUCCUCGCGAAACAAAUCGAGCAGAUUAACGAACGCUGGGUGGUGUUCGAAUCGUAGGCAGACAUCCGGCACGACGCGCGGCUUCCGAUUGGUGACGGGCGAUGAAAAUUGAGAUUCCUGCGUAUGGAGCGUUAGUUUUGCACGUCAGCCGGAGGUGGAUCGGUGAACAACAAGGAAACGCUUUGGAUUGCGGAUGGCACGAGUUGCAGCUGAAUAAAUUAAACGACGUGCUGCGUAGUGCAAUUUGCUUGGUGUGCGGGAUAGGACGGACAGACCGAUCAUUGGUCGGCGUUAGAAUGUGAUAUUAAACGAAAUCCUGCCCCGUUGCGGUGCUCCCAAGGGAAAGCUUUCGGAUCUGUUUAGCGAACAAACUGAACAGGAUGCAUCGGGAAAACGCACGAACAAGAGACGCUUGUGUUUAACUGCAGCAGUGCCCGACAGCAACGUGGUCGGUGUGAAAUGAGCUCGGCAUAGUGGAUACAUGUCCUAAUAAAUUUAUUUUACCCAUCUUGACGUUCCACAUCCAGUACUGAAGCCAAUGAAACGAACACGCUUAUAAUUAGUUAAAUGCUAAGUUAAAAACACUUCAAAGAAGAGGAAUGUGUGUAAAAAUCUGCAUAGAGUGAGUCUCAAUGAGCGUUCGGAAGAGUGAAAUUCGUUCGUAUAUACUGUUACGCUUCACUUUAUUGAAUUUGGAAUUCCUUUACGGUUAUGACAAUGCUGCAAACUAUUAUGGUAUAAUUUUCUGUAUCUUUCCCAUUAUCUGUUGACUUCCGUUGACUGUUCUGUUGAGUGUUGUGUCGUUUUUAGUUAUGAAAAAAUAAAGAAGGAAACGUUUUAAAAGAAAAUGCUCCAGUUAUAGUUGACAGCAACAUUCACUCAAAAUAAUGUUUAUAAGAUAAUCAACAACUUUGUAAAAGAAGAGUUAAAAUCAAUGAA